UUUUCAGACAGACAUUUUAUAACUCGCCGCCGCCGCUUCGUUUCACCGAGUGUCUUCCACCUCCGAGAACAAGACAGCUUUUGAAAAGGUGUUCCAGGUGUUAUGAACAACUAUGACGUUAUCCGUCAGAUUGGAGAGGGUGCGUUUGGGAAAGCCUUCCUGGUCAGGGAGAAAGCUGGACGUGGAGACAGACAGUGUGUUGUCAAACAGAUCGACCUCAGAAAGAUGUCAGCGAGGGAAAAGGAAGCGUCCAAGAAAGAGGUGAUGCUGCUGUCGAGGAUGAAACACCCAAACAUCGUCUCCUUCACCACGUCAUUUCAAGAGGGGGGCAGCCUGUAUAUAGUGAUGGAGUACUGUGAUGGAGGAGAUCUAAUGAACAAGAUCAACACGCAGAGAGGAGUCCCUUUCGCUGAGGAGCAGAUCGUGGCCUGGUUCGUUCAGAUCUGUCUGGGCCUCAAACACAUCCACGACAGGAAGGUUCUCCACAGAGAUAUCAAAGCUCAGAAUAUCUUCCUAACCAACAGAGGGAUGAAAGCAAAGCUGGGGGACUUUGGAAUCGCAAGAAUGUUGAAUAACACCGUGGAGCUGGCCAGGACGUGCGUUGGGACACCGUACUACCUCUCCCCGGAGAUCUGUGAGAGUCGGCCGUACAACAACAAGACGGAUAUCUGGUCUCUGGGCUGCGUCCUGUAUGAGCUCUGCGCCCUGAGGCAUCCAUUUGAAGGCAGCAGCUUGCGGCAGUUGGUCAGCAAAAUCUGCAGGGGGCGCUACAGCCCAGUACCCAGCCGCUACUCCUACGACCUUCGCCUGCUGGUCACCCAACUCUUCAAGGUCAACCCCCGUGAUCGUCCCUCGGUCAGCUCUGUCCUCAGGUGUCCCUUCCUGGAGAAGCACAUUAGCAAACACCUGGACCCGCAGGUGAUAAAGGAGGAGUUUAGCCACACGGUGCUGCAUCGAAACAGAGCAGCAGCAUCACAAGCAGCUAAAACAAGAGCAGGAGCAGCAAACCCACCAGAGAAGACCCAGAAGUCCAGAGGAGCAGAGAGGCCGGGAGCCGCCGGGAAGAGACUGCCUGCUAAACCAGACCGGAGAGUCCCGCUCAGAGUCUACCCCCAUGCCCGCCACAAACCUCUUCAUCAAAGAGCAGGACAACCAGCUGCAGACACAGAGGUCGCAGGGCAGCAGCCCCAAAGCAGGUUUAAUGGCAAACAGCCCGUCAGCCACUACCAGCACUACCACGCUCAGCUACACGCCUUUCAGAGGAGGAACAAAGAGGACGUCCUUCCUCCUCCUCCUCCUCAGGAGCGAGAGAAGGGGCGAUGUGAGGACCACGCUGCUCCUCCCGUGGAGCCAUACCAGCUUGUGGCUGCAGCUCGUGAUGAAUACCUGCAGAGGAGACAGGAGGCCAACCAGUACAAGCUGAGAGCAGAGAAACAGCUGGGUCUGCGUCCCUGUACAGCUGAGCGCAACAGGAGGCCCGGAGGUCAGCAACAGGGAGAGGGUCGACCUGAAAGCCAACACACACCUCAGGACAGGAGGCAGGAGGGACAGCAGGAGUACCUGCGUCAGCUGGAUCUCAUCAGACAGCAGUAUCACCUGGAGAUGAGACAGAUGAAGCUGAGAGCUGAAGCAGAGGCUCAGCCACAACAGAAACAUGGAACAUUCGUGGUGGAGAAACCCAGAGACCCGGAACCUUCUGCAGACAGUAAAGAGCAGCAGGAAGCCCCACCUGCACAGGACAUGGAGGCAGCUCUGAGGCAGGUCAGCGAGGAGAGAAGAGAUCAGAGGGGAGCACAGGAGAGAAAACACAGAGACAAAAAGGGAAUCAUGUUUGAGAUCCGGUUAGAUGACGAAGGGAUGAAAGAAGAUGCAGAGAAGGAGGAGGAGAACGACCUGGACCCUCUGAACCGGACUCUGAGCUUCCAGGAGGGGGAGGAGUUGAAGCUCAGAGAUUGGUCGGAGGCGAGGAGGGGGUGGAGCCAGAGGAUUCCUCAGACCCUGCUGGAUGCACUCGCCAACAUGGACGUCAACUCCAUCUACAACACUGCAGUCGAGGCUGAACAAGAACCCAAAAAGUCUAACAAAGAAGGUGAGGAGGCGGCAGGUCGCAGACAGUGGGUCGACGGCCCCCCCAACUCCCUGCUGAGUGCUCUCGCUCAGGCUGAACUCACAUGGUCAACUCUGGACCCGGCGACUGCAGAUUUAGAGCCAGAGCAGGACAGAGUAGUGGAGGAGAAGACGGAGGAAGACAAACAGGAGAGGAGUCAGGAGGAGGAAGAGGAGGAGGACUCUGAUGUGGAGAUGGAUGAAGAGCGUCUGGAGCCAAGGUCAGACGAUGACGACACGAACUUUGAGGAGUCGGAGGAUGAGCUGAGAGAAGCGGUGGCCGACUCCAUGAAGAACCUGUUUAUCAUGGAGGACGGGAGCUCAGACGAAACAGAAAACACAGAGGAUAGGACAGUGGAGGACGAUGGGACGGAAGACAAUGAGGAUGGAGGUGCAGAGAGCGCUGCAGACCCUCAACCAAUCCAACGGGAACUGAGGGAUUCAUGUGCAGACGUCACUGCAGGAUCGAUCGGGGUCGUUUCCUCCGAGCCCAAAGAACGUGACGGUCAGUCCGAGCGUUCAGGCGAGUCCCAGACAGAUGAUAACACGUCUUUAAAUAAACAGCAUCAGACUACCUGAGUCAUCACUGCAUUAAGUAGGUGUGAAUGUUUCUCAAAAGAUGCAAACUUUUGAUGGACGCAGCGUCUCCUAUUCAGUCGUCAGAAAGAGGUUUUCAGACCCUGAUAGAACUUACUUUGAAGCAUACUGAGGCGCUUAGCAUACAAAAGGUAGUCUGAAUGUCCAGUGUCUAGCUGCUGAUCGACAGACCAGUCAGGACAGGUCUGUUCUUGUUCUGUAUUUUUCUUAUUGUCAACAAAUCCCAUGCAUAGCCCCAAACCAACAAUGUGCUAGUCUGUCUCUCAAAACGUUCUCACUCCUCUACCAGUUGGCUCUGAGCUCCAAGCCAACUGAAGACAUAAAUCUUUAAAAAGAGCUCACAAAUAGUUAGUUUCAUUAUGAAAAGGAUAAGGUCAGUCAUUUCCUGAAACAGCUGCUCACUGUAGAUUUUAAUCAGACAGACAGGAGGAAUCGGUGCAUUUGUUGGGGACUAUUUUCAGAGGCGGAUUAACCCACAUUUGGUGCUGUAGUGAGUAUUUGGGGACAGCAGGACAGUGUUCGUGGGACGGAGUCAUAAUAAACUCCAGUGUGUGUGUUCAUGGCGAUGAAAGAACAUGUCACCCAACAACAACGGAGCUCUAUGACUCAGAGUGUAUCAGGCUUUGACACACACACACACACACACACAAUACUUGGUUAGUAGGAGACAUUCAUUGUCGGUUUUGGUCUUUUCAUGGGAUUCACUGACAAUAAGAAAACCAUAGAAAAUCUCCAGACUCAUCCUUUACUAUCAGCUUCAGAGCAGGUUUGAUUUCUGAUUGUAAUUCCCCAG